AACCUGUGGUUCCUACACCCAAAGACAAGAGUGGGGCCCCUCCAGUCAGGAGUAUCUAUGAUGACCUCUCCAGUCCCGCUGUCGGGAUGUCCAUGUCCCCUAUGGGUGCACAUAAACAGCCAUUCUCAAUGAUGCACACCCCGAUGUCUGCCUAUAUGGCUGUCACACCAGGAACAGCGUCCAGUUUAUUUAGUCCUACUACCAUCGGGCAGCAGGCGAAGUCAACAAUGUCUCCAGCCCAAGUAGACCCUUUCUUCACUCAGGGAGACGCACUGUCUUCUGAAGACCAUCUAGAUGAUACAUGGAUCACUGUAUUUGGGUUUCCUCCUGCCUCUGCUUCUUAUAUUCUGCUGCAGUUCGCCCAGUAUGGAAACAUAACGAAACACGUGAUGUCCAACACAGGUAACUGGAUGCACAUUCAAUAUCAGUCUAGACUCCAAGCAAGAAAAGCUCUUAGUAAAGACGGGAAGAUUUUUGCCGAGGCUAUAAUGAUUGGUGUUAAACCAUGCAUCGAUAAGAAUGUGAUGGAGAUCUCAGACCGAGGCUCUAGCUCCUCUGGCUCAGUGUUUACUCCUCCAGUCAGAAAUGGAACCCCCAGCCACCAUGUCUCCACACCUCGCUCCUCAAUGAGGCCCCUCAGUGCAGCCUACAAGGCCUCCAGCAGUGACUACCAGGUAGGAUCGGGGGGUUUCGUCAUUAAAUACUGUUGCCAAACCAACAGAAGUUGUUAA